UUUAAGCUCGCCAACGUUCAAAAAAUAAGUAGGGGGAAGAUUUCUGUAGCAUUUUUACGCAAAAAGCGCGACGAAACUGUAGAAUGAAUAUGAAUGAAUAUAUGAUAGUUGAUGUGAAAAGUGUUGUUGCGUUUUAUAUUAAUCGCAAAUAUAAGUUUCCAACCAAACCAUCCAUAUCUUCAGACUGUAAGAUGGAUCGUUCUUGACGCCUUCGAACUACUGGGAGUGGCGUCGCCGUAAGAUGUCGUCAUCUUCGAACGCCCGACUAACGCAGUUCUACACCGUCGAGGUGGGCGACACCAAGUUCACCAUACUGAAGCGGUACCAAAACCUGAAACCGAUCGGUAGCGGAGCACAAGGCAUCGUCUGUUGAUUUGAGUUGAGCGUUUGUUGUGUUGUUGUGUAAAAGUGGUUUGGUGUGUCGCUUGUGUCUGUGGGAGGAGCGAUGACGUCACCCUCGCCGAUCAGGGACGGCUUCAGGCAGCACGUGUUCGGGGAUGCCGAAUUCUGGGUGCCAGAAAGGUACAUCAAUUUGGAGCCCAAGGGCGGGGGAGCGCAGGGUUUGGUCUGUGCGGCUGUGGACACGGUAACCCAACAGAAUGUGGCCAUCAAGAAGCUGAGUAGGCCCUUUCAGAAUGUCACGCACGCCAAAAGGGCGUACAGGGAAUUCAAGCUCAUGAAAUUAGUCAAUCAUAAAAAUAUAAUAGGACUGUUGAAUGCCUUCACGCCCCAAAGAACGUUAGAAGAAUUCCAAGAUGUGUACCUAGUGAUGGAACUGAUGGACGCUAACCUGUGUCAAGUGAUACAAAUGGACCUGGACCAUGAACGGAUGAGUUAUCUACUUUAUCAAAUGCUUUGUGGCAUCAAGCACUUACAUUCCGCUGGAAUCAUACAUAGGGACUUAAAACCGAGCAAUAUAGUGGUGAAAUCCGACUGCACUUUGAAGAUCCUCGACUUCGGCUUGGCCAGGACGGCCGGUACUACCUUCAUGAUGACGCCGUACGUCGUCACAAGGUACUAUCGGGCACCGGAGGUCAUCCUGGGCAUGGGGUACACAGAGAACGUGGACAUCUGGAGCGUCGGCUGCAUCAUGGGCGAGAUGAUCAGGGGUGGGGUGCUGUUCCCUGGCACCGAUCAUAUCGAUCAGUGGAACAAAAUCAUUGAGCAACUCGGCACCCCAUCCCAGCAAUUCAUGGUACGUCUGCAACCGACCGUACGUAAUUACGUGGAGAACCGCCCGCGCUAUCCUGGCUUCACCUUCGAGAAACUCUUCCCCGACGUAUUGUUUCCCUCCGAUAGCAGCGACCAUAAUAGGCUGAAGGCCAGUCAGGCGAGAGACCUGCUCAGCAAGAUGUUGGUCAUCGAUCCGCAAAGCAGGAUAUCCGUCGAUGAUGCAUUGUUGCAUCCGUACAUCAACGUCUGGUAUGAUGAGCAAGAGGUCAAUGCGCCUGCUCCAGGUCCGUACGACCACAGCGUGGACGAGCGCGAGCACACCGUUGAUCAGUGGAAGGAGUUGAUUUAUCAGGAGGUCAUGGAGUACGAAUGCGCACACGCCGGAAGGUCAACAGGAGGUGGAGGUGGAACCAGUAGCACGGGAAGCGGAAGUGCUGGAGGAGCUCAGCCCAGUCCAGCUGGAAAUAGUGAACCAAAUGGUUACUGAGAUAGGAGGCACAAAAUUUCCUUCAAACUAGUCUGAAACUCGUAAGCACAGCUGCCUUUUUAGUACGAAGAUGUCCCAUCAAGAGCGUCCCUUGAAAAUUUCCAAGCAGCUAAGACAGAGAGCAAACGAGUUUUUAUCCUGCAAAAAGAACAGGCGGUGUCUGGAGGACAUUUUGCACCAUUUUGGCUCUGGGGCGGAUCAGCACUCAUGUUUGUUAGCUUUAGAAUCUGUGUUUACCUCGCUGAUAAAGGAAAAAGAUAUGUAUAUAGAAGUAGUUGCACUCAAACCUCUAGAAAGGACGCCCGAGAACCUCCAUAAGAGAUGGCUGAGGCAGUUGUACGAUGAUACUUACAAUAAAAUUUUGCAUUGUUUUGAGAACCCAUCUCCGAAGAUUCAAGCACAAGCUCUCACUACUGCUAUGAAUAUAAUUGCAGCAGAGGGGAAACAUCCCUUAGAUAACACUAUUUUAAACAAAUAUGUACCUUUAACAAAACUAAAAGCUGUUCUCAAUAAAAUGCUUUCAAGUAGCCAGAAUAAUACACAUUUAAUAAACAAAUUCACAGAAUAUUUGUUGUAUAAUGAUAUAUUGUUUUACACAUGGACACUUCUACCAUCACUGACUCCAAAGUAUAAUCCAUGUGAAGUUUAUAUUAGCAACUUUCUAACUCUCUUGGGAAAAUUGGAUAUUUACCAAAAUGGAGAAAUGAAACUCUUAUGUGGAGAUGAUAAUAAUCCGUUCGUCACAUUCGAUGAGAAUAAAACAAAAAAAUACCUCAACAAAGUAUGGCACUGUGUAAUGCACUGGGAACAUACACAUCAAAACCAACAGGCAAUGCUUCUGGUUCUGCUCGAAAAAGUAAUGUCACAUCUCGAAAAACCUUUAUUAUUGACAGACUUCUUGAUGGAUUCCUUAGAUGUACCUGGUCCUAUAAGCCUUCUAGCUCUUCAAGGGAUCCUGAUAUUAAUUCAAGGACAUAACUUAGAUUACCCUGGUAUAUUCGAAAAGCUUUAUUCAAUGUUUGAGCCAGAAAUAUUCCACACUAAAUACAAAUCAAGAUUGUUUUUCUUGGCUGAUACGUUUUUAAGCUCUACACAUUUGCCUGAGAAUUUAGUAGCAGCAUUUGCAAAGAGAUUGGCAAGACUGGCGUUGAUUGCGCCGUCUGAAGAUGUGAUAAUUAUAUGUAACUUUAUUGGAAAUCUUAUCCUUAGACAUCCUGGUCUGAAAUGUUUGCUGAACAACCCUGAUACAGCCACUUACACGUCUGAUCCGUACAUUAUGGAGGAGAGAGAUCCUGUCAAAUCGAACGCAAUAAACAGCUCCCUCUGGGAGAUCCGCACUUUGCAACAGCACGUUCAACCGAGCGUAGCAAUUGCAGCACAAUUCAUCAAUUCUCCACUGCCAUCUGUUGAAUGGGACGUCAGUCGGUUGAUUUCGAAGACAGGUGACGAUAUAUUUGACAGAGAACUGAAGAAAUUCAGCAAGCUCAUCUUGCUACACUUUGAGAAGCCACAAGACGCAGAGAAACAUGAGAGGGUUAUACAGUAUUGGCAUUUGUAAGGCUGCUGGUAUAAUGGGAAAGGUGAUUGUAGCUUAAAGUUUGUGGAGUCCAUCGAUAAAAUUGAAUGUUAGAUUUGCACUGUUUCAAGGCCUUUUGACCUUUUUGAAAGAAUUCCUUUGCACAUUCUCAAUGUUCUCUAUGCUAUAAUGAUUUGGACCAUUUUGCCCAUUUUGGGAGGCUUUUCAAACCUGAGUAUCUUGGGUGGUUGUGAUAUUAAUUUUUUCGAAGGAGAACACAACUGAGCUGACAGGCUGUAACUACAUAUAGCUUAAAAACUCUUAUUUCUCUUCAUGGAAUUCAUUGGACUCAUUAGAGACACAGGGUCCACAAAAAGUGCUGCUUGCAGGGGCCCCACUAUAUCUUUUCCCAUGAACACGAAUGUAAGGUCCUUGUAAAAUCAUGAUUAAAUCAAAUGCUAAUUAUUCACAAUAUACAUUUAUUUUUAUUAAGUGAUCACAUGCUGUAAACAUAUAUUUUUGAUAAUGGUAUAAAAAUUGGUAGACAUGGAAUAUAGAUAGAUUUAUCCCAAAUUCAUGUUAUUGAAAACGCCCUUUACAAAUCACAUGUGUCCUGCUUCAUUGAAUUGCUUCUUCAUAAUAUGAAACAAUACAGAAAACACUAAUGUAAUUUAUGCAGUUUUUGUAAAUGAGCUAGCCACUUUUAAUUAGUUUACUGAGCUCUAUGCCAAUUUACCAUAUCUAUUUUUUGAAUCUAGAUGGGCGGAAUUUUUUCUUAUUACAUGCUUUAUGAAACUUGUGACUUUAUCUCUGUACUCUGUGCCGGUAUUACCAGGCAUUGUUUAAAUAUUGAUGUCAAUACAAAAAAGCUUAUAUACUUCAUAAAACGCUGCCAACUUCAGUGAUUAUCCAGAGAUAACUAUUCCAUGUGAUUCUGAAAAAUCUACUAAACACAUCAUCCGAUAUGUCAAGUUCACAGCCUACCUGUAGCACUUUAUGACACAGUCUCCUUAACUCCUACAUAUCCCACAAUAGCCACAAUACAUUUCAUGUAGAUCUUCACAGCUACUGAUGGUGUUGCUUUAUAUGCUCAUUUUGAACGAAAUAUCUCGGGAAGCAUCAGCGCUGUAAAUCUGUAUGUUAACAAAAACAAACGUCAUAUUGCAUAUCUUUACAUUCAGAUAACGAUAGAGAAUCCUGGCAAGCAUCACGUGACUCGAUGCCGGUAACGCAGUUUCCUUGAUUUUGCCUGGAGAUCAUGACCUGGGGGUUCGACCAUAGGAUGUUUUACACCCCCCCCCCGCUGGUGGGACUCCUAGCAGACAAUACUUAUUUUUUUGUGGACCCGUGUGAUUGACAAGCAUUUCGGCAACCUGCUACCUGUUAUGGUUCGCAUCAACAGGUCCGCAUGGCACGAGUUAAUUUAAGAUUUAUUUGCUUGUUAUCAAGUAGAAAUCGUCGCCCUAAUAAGAAAACUGCUUAAGCCCAAUUCAGUAAAGUUUUCAGGAGAGAUGAAAAACUAUUUGUAGUAAUAAUUUUCCAUAAGCUUAUUGAUUUUAUAUUCCAAACUAUUUUGGAAUGUUUUAGCAUAAUUUUUUUUCACACUCAAUGAGGAGUUAGGCAUAUAUCUGCCUAAUAUUGGAUACAACUAGGGAGAUAGGCAAAUUUAUAUUAGGUCAGAAAUAAAAAAAAUAUUUCUUUGAUGUAAGAAAAAACAUAUCGUCACGUGACUAGCACAAAUAAGAAUGAGAUCCAUAAUAUCAAAAUAAAAAUUAAAUAAUGAUUUAUUAUAACAACUCAAAGAUGAGCUGGACAUUUUAUUCACGUGGUAGGUUAAGAUAAAAGUUAUGAUACUCUUGAUCUAUACUUUGAAUGAGAAUCAUGAGAUGCUGGUAUUUUUCCUUCUUUAUUUUUAAUCUACUAUCAUACAGCCCAGGUAAUUAAUCUUAUUGGAAACAUAUUAGACAGCCCUUCUGGAGAGGUCACUCCAGUUUUUCCGUAUAUCGUAAUUUGUAUUGAUUUGAUCCAUCUUCAUAUUUCAAUAUUAAAAAAAAUAAUUCGUCAAAUACUCAACAUUAUAUGGAAACGGAUUGUUUCUAUUCUACAUACCUCAACAUAAUCUAUUUUUCACUAUUCUUUCUAUAGCUGAAUGAACAGUCUACCUCCAUCUGAGUGUGACUUUUCAAAAGAUAUUUUUGUAUAAUCACCGCUUUGUGCAAUGUAGUAACGUGCAGGAGUGCAGUGCUUAGAGUUGCGUUAGGGUUCUGACCUGUGCAAAGAUCACUGUAUAUGAUGAUCUUUUUAGACGGAUCUAAUUUUGGAAUAGCCUAUGUUUGAAGGACAUAUACAAGAAUUGAAGAGAAUUCGUUUGAGGUCAGCUGCCCUUCAGCCUCAUUCCACAGAUAGCAAUAAGCCAAUAAGUUGUAAAUUGUGUAGUUAUAUACGAUAAGUUUAGUCUUGUAUAUAUUUGACACAUUGGUCUUUGGGCUCAGCAGAACAGGUUGUAGACCUACAGUGAACACUACUGCAUCGCUGGAUAGCUUAUCUGCUGCCUUUUCGCACUAGCUUCUUUAAAUUCUUGGUGAAGUUUAUAGUCGAUCUCGUUAACAUUAGAUGUGCGUUAACCGACACAAAUAUCACACUCAUCUUUUUUUGAACGCAAAAGCGAAAGGCUCAGUUAUUCAAAUGUUCUAUCAAACUUUGCCUGUGACACUGGUUCUACCUGAUUCUCUAUGCAGUAGUUCGACAUAAAAUCUGUACAGUGACGCUUUUGAAAUCCCGCUACAUUUCAAGUUUGUUCUGUUCUUUCUCCUAUUGCAGUGACAUGGGUCAGCUAAAAAACGACUAGGGCUCGGUCGAUCAUAUGUCCAACCUUCUGUUUGUGUCCUCUUGCCCUUAUACUGUACCCCCUGUUCUCUCUUCCUCUGCAUUUAGAGAAUUUUACCCCUUGAUCUUUUCCUUACUCUUAUUCCAGUGAUCUACAUAUUGGGACUGUCCAUGAUUUCCGUAUUCUCUUCCUCUGGCGCUGUUUUCAGGUUACUUUCAAAUGGGGUAUCUUCUCCGUCAAUUGCCUCAUCUUCUGGUGAUUUACAUCUUUCUAUUUCCUGCCCAUUCUCGUGUCUUUCAUGUACCUCAAAUGCCUUAGAAUGUAUAUUACCCGUUUCUUCUAUAGGCCUAUUUGGCAAGUCAGAAAUAUUACUUGUUUCUGACGAUACAGUUGUCUCAUCUGCAACGUAUGGAUGAUCUGUUAUUGAAUCCAUAUCC